AUGGCUGCAAUUUUUGAAACAAUCGCUAAAUUUGCCCUUCCAGUUGGUGCGGCUGUUGGUUUGCUUCAGUAUAGCAUAUAUGACGGUGGAUAUCGUGCUGUCAUAUUUGAUCGUCUUAAAGGUGUAAAAGAAACUCCAAUUGGUGAGGGAACUCAUUUUUUGAUCCCUUGGCUACAACGCGCCAUUCUAUAUGAUGUUCGUACAAAACCCCGUAAUAUCUCAACAACAACCGGUUCAAAGGAUAUGCAAAUGGUCAGUUUGACUUUACGUGUUCUUCAUAAACCAAUCAUACCUCAAUUACCUCAAAUCUACCAAAAUUUGGGUUUGGAUUAUGAUGAAAGAGUAUUACCUUCUAUCGGUAAUGAAGUGUUAAAAUCUGUUGUUGCUCAAUUUGAUGCUGGUGAAUUGAUUACUCAACGUGAAGUUGUUUCAUCAAAAAUACGCGAAGAUCUUGUAAAAAGGGCUAACGAAUUCAAUAUCGAACUGGAAGAUGUAUCGAUUACUCAUAUGACUUUUGGUAAAGAGUUCACAAAUGCUGUAGAACAAAAACAAAUUGCUCAACAAGAAGCAGAACGUGCAAAAUUCAUUGUAGAAAAGGCCGAGCAAGAAAAACAAGCAGCAAUCAUUCGCGCUGAAGGUGAGGCUGAAGCUGCUGAUAGAAUUUCUAAAGCUCUUGACAAAGCAGGUGAAGGAUUAGUAUUAUUGCGUCGUAUCGAAGCAUCUAAAGAGAUUGCAGGAACAUUGGCGAAUUCGCAUAAUGUGACAUAUUUGCCUGGUAGUCACAAUGGUGGAUCUAAUUUGUUAUUAAAUCUUG